UUGUCUGUAAAAGAAGAAGCUACAGACUUUCCGGUUACUUGCGCUCCGGGCAUUUUCCGAGAAAGCAAAUUGAAGAACCAAAAUUCAAGAAACCCUAGAAAAAAGGGGACUGUGUGUAACCGCGAAUUCGAAAAAAUGAGGACGGUCGUCUGGCGGUUGAUCCAUACAAGAUCAUCACUUCCCAGGCUCUUUGUAUCGGAUGCACCGAAGAAUGGUAGGUAUCUGACAACAGACUCUGAUAAGGUUGAUGAACCCUUCAAAGUUGAGGAAGCAGAGACUGUAAACACUCCCCCUCCGCCAACUGAGAAGUUGCUUGUCUUGGGUGGAAAUGGAUUUGUUGGCUCACAUGUUUGUAGAGAAGCUUUGGAGCGGGGCUUGUCUGUCACUAGCCUUAGCAGGUCUGGUAGGUCAAAAUUACAUGAUUCAUGGGCCGACAGUAUGACCUGGCAUCAAGGAAACCUUCUAUCGCCUGAGUCAUGGAAGGAUGCCCUCGAUGGUGUCACGUCUGUGAUAUCCUGUGUUGGUGGGUUUGGCUCCAAUUCUUACAUGUAUAAGAUUAAUGGGACUGCUAACAUCAAUGCAAUUAGAGCUGCCGCUGAACAAGGUGUGAAAAGAUUUGUUUAUAUCUCUGCUGCUGAUUUUGGCUUGGCAAAUUACUUAUUGCGGGGAUAUUAUGAGGGAAAGAGAGCUGCAGAGACAGAGCUACUAACCAAAUUCCCUUACGGAGGAGUGAUUUUGAGGCCUGGAUUUAUUUAUGGGACUCGAAGCGUUGGCAGCGUAAAGUUACCUCUCGGUGUAAUUGGUUAUCCACUUGAGAUGCUAUUUCAAUAUACAAGACCUCUGAGCCAGCUUCCGCUUGUUGGGCCUCUCUUUACUCCUCCAGUGAAUGUCACCUCCGUGGCAAAUGUUGCCGUUACAGCAGCUACUGAUCCCGUCUUCCCUCCUGGGAUCGUAGAUGUCCAAGGGAUCCAGCGUUAUACCCAGAAGAAGUAGACGCCCUUUCAUUUUUGUUUGGUUCGUCAGUGCAGACUGCAGAGUGUGAUGUAAAGGUGUCAAAGUCUUUUUCGUGAAGAUCCUGGUUUUUCUCUGUUAACCGGAAUCUUGAUACGAAGAUUACAUCGGGGGUUUUUUUUAAUAACGUGUGAAAAGUAGAGAUUUACUAGUUCAAUAAUUUCUUUCCCAGCUGAACAUGUUAAAAGUUUGGCUGGAAGAGGGUGGCCGCUACUUUUCAUUCACUUGAUUUAUCAGUGUGUAUCUUGGUCCCUUGCAACCUGGGAUUAAUAGCAAAGUCCGAUCCUCAGAUUUUUAUAGAAUUGGUAUUAGUACCUCAAAAUAUUCAUCUGUGUUGCUUCUCUUAUUUGGGUGACAUAAGAGCUCGUGUUUUUAUU